GGCUGAUGGGGCGGAGUCUCUAAGGAGGCCCAGCGUGCGUCGGGAGUAGUGGCAGUGCGGUCCUGGGGCUGGGAGUACAUUCCUGAAGAAUGAUUGGAAUUGUUGGAACAAGAAACUGUGGCCUGUCUCUUGUAAAGACCAUACUACUGGGCUCUUAUCCCUUUUCUUCUGUUUGACUGCUAUUUUAAUGGGCUGUCUCUUGUAAGGAGCAUACUGCUGGGCUUUUUCCCUUUUAUGCUGUCUGACUGUUAUUUUAAUAGGUCAACUCUAUUCACUGUGAGAGGGGUAUACAAAAAGCAUGAAUACCAGAAGGCAAUAAUUGUUGGAGGCCAUCUUGACUCCAGUGAGAAGACAUCAAGUAAAUUGGAUUUAUAUCAUAAGCCCACACAGCCCAGCUCCACAAAAGUAAGACAGAUCUGUAUUGAGAUGCUUGAAGAGCAGGCAUAUUCCAUGUGUCAUGGAAGGAGACUUCCUGACCUGAGACCUCCCCCAGAGGCUUGAAAGUCCUGAGGAGUAGACCCUGGAAUUGCCGGACCUGUAGCCUCUCUUAACCCUUCUGACCAGAGUCGAGGCAUGAAUGACAUCUCAUCCUUCAGAGAUCAUCAGUAGCUGUGUGACAGUGGAGCAUUUGACCCAGAUGUUGGAAAGGAGAGCUUGGCGUUCUCAGGACUCUGCUGUUUUUGAAGAAGAGGAGGAUAUGACCAGGUCUCUUGAAACAGUGACAUUUAAGGAUGUGGCUGUGGACUUUACCCAGGAGGAAUGGCAGCAAAUGAAACCAUCUCAGAGGAACUUGUACCGGGAUGUGAUGCUGGAGAACUAUAGCAACCUAGUCACAGUGGGCUAUCAAGUCACUAAGCCAGAUGUGAUCUACAAGUUGGAGCAGGAAGAGGAGCCAUGGGUGAUAAAGGAAGAAGUGAUUGGGAGGCAUUGUCCAGAAGUUUGGGAAGUUGAUGAACAGAUCAAGAAGAAACAGGAAACACUUAUGAGGAAAGUCACAUCCAUCUCCAAGAAAACUCUGAUUAAGGAAAAUGUUAUUGAAUGUAAAAAAGUUAACAAAAUACUUCCUCUGAUGUCAGACAUUGUUACUUCAAGACAGAGCUUCUAUGAAUGUGACUCAAUUGAUAAGGGUUUGGAACACAAUUUAAACUUGCUUAGUUAUGAGAAGGGCUGUGUAAGAGAGAAAAAUGAAUGUAGUAAGUAUGGGAAACUAUUUUACCAUUGUUCAUCCCAUGUUAUAACUCCCUUUAAGUGUAAUCAGUGUGGACAAGACUUCAGUCAUAAAUUUGACCUCAUCAGACACGAAAGAAUUCAUGCUGGAGAAAAACCCUAUGACUGUAAGGAAUGUGGAAAAGCCUUCAGCAGGAAGGAAAAUCUUAUCACCCAUCAAAAAAUUCAUACUGGGGAAAAACCAUAUAAGUGUAAUGAAUGUGGAAAAGCUUUCAUUCAGAUGUCAAACCUUAUUAGACACCAGAGAAUUCAUACAGGGGAGAAACCUUAUGCAUGUAAGGAUUGUUGGAAAGCCUUCAGUCAGAAAUCAAAUCUCAUUGAACAUGAGAGAAUUCAUACUGGAGAAAAACCCUAUGAAUGUAAGGAAUGUGGAAAAUCCUUCAGCCAGAAGCAAAAUCUUAUUGAGCAUGAGAAAAUUCAUACUGGGGAGAAACCUUAUGCUUGUAAUGAAUGUGGUAGAGCAUUUUCUCGGAUGUCUUCUGUUACUCUACACAUGAGAAGUCACACGGGGGAGAAACCCUAUAAAUGUAAUAAAUGUGGGAAAGCCUUCUCUCAGUGCUCAGUAUUUAUUAUACAUAUGAGAAGUCAUACUGGUGAGAAACCCUAUGUAUGUAGUGAAUGUGGGAAAGCAUUUUCUCAAAGUUCAUCCCUUACUGUACAUAUGAGAAAUCAUACAGCUGAGAAACCCUAUGAAUGUAAUGAAUGUGGAAAAGCCUUCAGCCGGAAAGAGAAUCUCAUUACACAUCAGAAAAUUCAUACUGGAGAAAAACCUUAUGAAUGUAAUGAAUGUGGGAAAGCUUUUAUUCAGAUGUCAAACCUCAUUCGACACCAAAGAAUUCAUACUGGUGAGAAACCCUAUGCAUGUACAGUAUGUGGGAAAGCCUUUAGUCAGAAGUCAAAUCUCACUGAACAUGAGAAAAUUCACACUGGAGAGAAACCCUAUCAUUGUAAUCAAUGUGGAAAAGCUUUCAGUCAGAGACAAAAUCUCCUUGAGCAUGAAAAAAUUCAUACUGGAGAGAAACCUUUCAGGUGUAAUGAAUGUGGUAAAGCCUUCUCUCGAAUCUCAUCCCUUACUCUUCAUGUGAGAAGUCAUACAGGGGAGAAACCCUAUGAAUGUAAUAAAUGUGGAAAAGCCUUCUCUCAAUGCUCAUUACUUAUUAUACAUAUGAGAAGUCAUACUGGUGAGAAACCCUUUGAAUGUAAUGAAUGUGGGAAAUCCUUUUCUCAAAGAGCAUCUCUUUCUGUGCAUAAGAGAGGCCAUACAGGUGAGAAACGCCAAGUGUACUAAAUGAGGAAAGGUCUUCCCUUAAAUUCAGCUCACACUUUUGAAAUAUCUCGGUAUAAACUAAAAAAAAAAUGAGAUCUUUAUGGAAAAAUUGUAAAGCUUUAUUGAAGGGCAAAGGACUUGACUAAAUGGCGAGAAAUACCAUGUUCAUGGAUGGAAAAAUCCAAUAAAAAUUUCAGUUCUCCAAGAAUUAAUCUACAGACCGAAUAUUGUUCCAAAUAUCUAACAGGAAUUUCACAGUGUCUUUAGAAGAUGAUUCUAAAAUUCAUGUGAAGUGGAAGUCUGUGAAUUGCUGAAACAAUGUUGAAAAAGAACAGAGAGGGCACACCUACCAAAUAUUACAAAUAUUAUAAAGUUAUGGUCAUUAGUAUGAUAUUAGUGCAUGAAUAGGUAAGUAAACAGAUUUUACAGAACAGAAUGCCUAGAGAAAAAAACUGAGUAUACGAGAACUUGGUGUAUAUUACAUAUGACAUGAAUCGGUAGGGAAAUUAUGGCCUAGUGAACAAAAGUUGUUGAAGUAUUUGUUCAUAUUAGGUAAAAUAAAAUCAUAUAUACAACCUUACAACAUAUAAAGAAACAGAAUUCCAAAUGAUUAGAACACUGGAAUGUGAAAAGCCAAUCUCCGAAGUUCUUGGAAGAAAUACAUGAUAUGUCUAUGACUUUGAGGCAGGGAAGCAUUUUUCAUAAGACAAAAGAACCCUGUAGUUCACUUCUGGAUAUGCAUCCUAAAGAAACUCACAAAUUGCAUAAGAAAUAUAUUUACUUGAACUGAAAAGGAUUUAAAUAACAAUGGAGUAAUGGAUAGAUAAAAUGUGAUGUUCAAAUAAUGAAAUAAUAUACAGCAGUUAAAAGCAAAGGACUAGAUCUGUAUUGAAUUUUGUAACAUGGGUAGUUAUCUAAAACAACGAGGGAAAAUUAGAUGCAGAUGAAAUAUUGUAUGAUGAGAUUAUAAAUUGGAAUGAAAUCAAGGAACUGAGCUAUGUUUUUAUUAUUGAAAUAUGUGUGUAUGUAAAAUGAUUUAAAAUGGACUAGAAAAAUACAUACCAAUUAUUGUUAGUGUCAUCUCUGGCAGGAGAUUAGGAUUAAGGGUGUUGUUCAAAGGUGGCUUUUAGCUUUACUUGGAACUUUAUGCCUUAGGAAGACAUUGAUAGUAUGUAAAAUAAAUCUUAAAAGUUAAUGAUAUAUGAUAGUAAUAUGGAUGUCUUAGUAGUGUUUUGUAGAUAUUUCUCAGAAUUUAUGGGUUAGGGGAAGCCUAUGCUCAUAGAAAACAAUGUUAUAAUGGAUUCCUAUGGUCUAUUAGAUGCUGAACUAUUUUAUCAAAAGCAUUCUAGAAAAUUAGUGAUAGUACUAUUUACUAUAUAAUGUAUAAUAUGAAAUUAGCAUAUUUUAUCAGCCUUAUGCUUUUUGAAAACAUUUUUGCAUUUCUGAAAUUGGGAUUCAUCUUUCAACCAGUUAUGUCUUAGAAUCAAGUAAAUAUAUAAUUAUUUAUAAAAAAUUUAAAAACCAGGUGGCAGUGUAUCAAAUCAAAUGUGACUUGUACUAUUUUAGGGCAUCAUGGUCAACUAAUGAUCCCUCUUAUUCAGUGUGUUUUGCAUUAUUUGACAAUGGAUUGGACUCACAGUUAAUAAUUAGUAAUAUGUUUAGAGUCAUUGUGGAGAGAAUAAGAUUUUCCUGAGAAAUUGAUUCUGCAACUAGUUUUUUUAUGCUGUAAGUUUCUAUACAGCCAGCAUAGCCAAUAUAAUUUUUAAUUAGUAUAGUAUUUUCAAAUGAGACAGUGCUUUCUUUUCAUGAGGUGGCCAUAAGCAAUUGUGUUAAAUUGCUUCACUCGACCUACAAGUCAUUUUAUUCCUUCCACAACCGUUGAUUUAUACAAUCUGUCUAGUUUUGGUUGGAAGUGGUAGUGGUGGUCUGAGCAGUAAUAAUGGUUCCCUAAUAUAACAAUACAUGAACCAACUCAAGGUAAUUUUUUAUCAUGCUGCCUCUAAAUAUUGCUUGAUGUACAGAAAACCAUUAGUGCCUUUUAAGAAAGAAGGUUAGGAUUAGGGUUAUUGAUUAGAAGGGAACUUUAACCUUUAAUGUUUUGAUAUCAACUGUAUUUGAAUCUAAUUUCACAAAACUAAUCUUUCAGACUAAAGUACAAGCAUGACUAUCAAUUUUCACUUUUAUUAGCUAUUUUUGAAAGUUAACUGACAUAAUUUGAAAUUGCAGGGAUUGAUUUUUAUGAAAAUAACAAUUUACCAAUACUUGAAUAUCUAAAUGAGUAUUAACAUUUCAUAGUCUCUUCUUGAAUAAGUUUUAUACUAAGUCCAGUUUCACAAGCACACCUAAUUUUUAUAGACCUCUUUUUAAAAAAUAGUUUUCACAGUUCAUGUGUUAUCUAUACAAGAAAAUCUGGGUAAAGAUUUUUAGUUGCAGGACAUUGUGAGGGGUUUUUUGGUCUAAACUAAUUUUCUAAAAUUGAAGUUUAACUUAUAUGAAGUAUCAUUAGUUUCAGGUGUAUAUCAUAGCGAUUCAACAUUUUCAUAUUAAGAAAUGACCCCCCAGGUAAUUCUAGUUACCACCUGCCACCAUAAAAAGUUAUUACAAUAUUAUUGACUAUAUUCCUUGUGCUGUACAUUACAUCCUGAUGAUUCAUAACUGAAUUUUAUACUUCUUAAUACCCUUUACCUAUAUUACCCACCCUCCAUCUUCUCCUGGCUCUGGUAACAACCUUUUUCUCUAUAUGUAUGUACCUGUUUAUGUUCUGUUUGGUUUGUUUAGAUUCCUCUUGUAAGUGAAAUCAUAUGGUAUUUGCCUUUUUUUAAUUGAAGUAUAGUUGAUAUACAAUCAUAUUGGUUUUAAGUAUACAACACAGUAGUUCAGUAGUUACCCACAUUAUUCAUUCCUCACCCCAACUAGUGCAGUUACUGCCUGUCAACAUAGGAAGAUGUUACAGAUACAUUGCCUAUAUUCUCCACGCUGUACUACAAUGACCGUGAACAACUUAUAUUGUGAUUGAUAAUUUCCGUGCUCCUUUGUCGCCCUCACCCUCCCCACCCACACACCUACCUCAAACCCUCCCCCAUGGUAACCACCAGUCACUUCUCAGUGUCUAUGAGCUGUAUGAUUCUCAUUUUUUGUUUUGUUUUUAGAUUCCCUUAAUAAGUUAAAUCAUACAGUAUUUGUCAUUCUCCACCUGGCUUAUUUCACUAAGCAUAAUACCCUCUAGGUCCAUCCAUGUUGUCACAAGUGCCAGGAUUUCUUUUUUACAGCUGAAUAAUAUUCCAUUGCUUAUAUGUACCACAUCUUCCUUAUCUGCUCAUCUAUUGAUGUAUGCUUUUGAUUGCUUCCAUAUCUUGGCUCUUGUAAAUAAUUCAAUAAACAUGGACGCAUAUAUAUUUUUGCAUCAAGGGUUUUUUUGGUUGAGUAAAUUUCUAGAAGUGGAGUUACUGGUUGUAUGGUAUUUCUAUUUUUAGCUUUUUGAGGAACUUCCACACCCCUUUCCACAGCAGUUGCACUAAUUUACAUUCCCAUCAACAGUGUAGGAGGAUUCCCUUUUCUCCACAGUUUAGCCAACACAUUUCUUUUCUUCUGGACAGUGGCCAUUUUAAUUGGUAUAAGGUGAUAUCUCAUUGUGGUUCUGAUUCCCAUUUCCCUAAUGAUUAGUGAC